CGCGAAUACUAAACUAAAUCUCUGGCACUCGCAGUCGCUUCGCUCUAGUGUAGUGUAGUAGUGUUCAUGUUGUUUGUGUUUUUGUGUAUGCAACCGUCUUUAUCUAGCAUUUAAUUAAAUUGACAAUAUCAAUUUAAAUCGUUGGAUUUUAGAUAGAUUUUUGAAUGCAGGAAAUAUAUCCAGAUAAGUAUAAUACUUCCAACAUGGAGAACGCAGAAGAUGUAAUGCAGUUGCUUGAAGAAUUUGCGAAAGUUAAACCUAAAGACAUUCCAAAGGAGUUGGAAGAAUAUCUUGGUUAUGUCGCGAAAACGGGGGACCCUGUGUUUCAGUGGAGCUUGAUUAGAAAUUUACUAAGAGAAAAAUUGCUCGCAGUCGUCACAGACUUCUAUGAAAGUACUUUGACUGUAGAACUUCCCCCUUGCCCUAAUGUGGAACCAUUUAACUAUGAUCGUAUGAAGACGAGCUUACUGGAGAGAUUCGAUGCCUUUGCUGGCGCUCCAUUUACUAUUCAAAGGAUUUGUGAACUGCUAAUAAAUCCUCGUAAGGAAUACAAUAGGGCUGACAAGUACAUGAGGGCAAUAGAAAAGAACAUUUUAGUUGUUAGUACUCGUGAACCAGGCUCAGGCAAGCGACCAUUGGAAUGUGAUCAGUCAGAAAGCAUUUUGAAUGGGAUGCCAGAUGUUAAACUAAGUGAAUCUGACGGUAGUUUGUUGCAUGUUCCUACAGACUUGCCAUAUUUUGGAGCCCCUCCUGCCUCUAAUGAUGUGACUAUCGAAACAACUGAACCUAAUUCAACUAUUACGGACAGAGUGGGACUAAGUAUCAAUGGUGAUGCAAGCGAUGAAAGUGAAAAGAUAUGUAACCUUCAAGAAUCUCAUAGUUCAAUAGUUGCACACGAUACACCUCAAGUUAGUUCUAGAGUACCGGUAGAUAUAAAGAGUGACGACGUUCCUUUAGUCAAUGAAGUUAAAAACUUAGAAGAAAAUGACUGUGAUAGUAACAGUAGGUUGUCUAACGUUACAGAAACCAUCAAUCCAUGUUCAGACACUGAGCUUGAAAGUGUCAAGGAAAUGACAUCAGAAACAAGUGAUGCAAUCUUACCGGACAGUAUUGACUCCUCUGAUUCUUUACAAGUGUGUUCUGAAUCCUCAUUAGCUUUAAAAACUGAAGAUGCUGAAGUUGAAGGCUUAAGUGAUGAAAAUGAAGUAAGCUCUAGUCCAGCUGACCCUCCUGAAAAUAUUACUAACACUCAAGACAAAGUCAUUGGAACAUCUAAUUCAGAAGCAGAAGCAGUUGAUUCUUGUCUUGUCCAAACUGACGUAAAUUUGUCUCCUGACAGUGAUAACAGUAAUAACGAAAGAGUCACCUCUGAAGAAGAAACACAAGUCUCUAUUACUGAAAUAACUGCUACUAGAUCAGAUGAAGUUGAUUUGGAAUGUAAUGAAAUAUCUGGUACAGUUAGUUCACCAGCUUCUUCAGACAACCCUCUUAUUGAACAGGCUGAUGGAUCUGUGGAUAACAAAACUAAUUUUGAGUUGGUUGAAGAAUGUGAAUCAACCAAUUCACAUCCUGAUUCCAGCAAUGAUUUAAUUUUUCAAACUAAACAAAAUUCUGAUGAGUCUCAAAAAUGUGAAACAGACCUCGGCUCGGAAGCAGAUUCUAUAUCCGUAGAAAGUAUAGACCAGUCUUUAAAACAAGAUGAUGUCAAAACAUUUACACCAGACCAAACCGAAAUAAUUAUUGUCCAAGAAGUCUGCGCAGAAUCUUCUCCUGAGUGUACAUCUGAAGAAACUUGUAGGCCUACUGCAGAAACUGUCGAGGAACCACUAUCAAGCUCACCAGUUCCAACCGAAGAAGCUGUUGUGAGUGAAAGUCCAUCAUCUUCACAAUUUAAAGAAGAUGGACUUGCACAAGCGGAACAACAAGAUGUGGAGAGCACAAGUGAUAUUGUUGUAGAGAUGUAUGACAACGAAAGAAGAGAUGAAAGUGUUAUACAGUCAACUUCUCACAUUGCUCAAGACAGUCAAGAGCAAAUCACAAUUGAAGAAAUAAGUGUUGAUCCAACCUGUGAUACAGAUGAGGCAAUGGAUGUUGAUGAUGGCAGUAAUCAGAUGAUGGUUAGUGAAGGAGAAAAUGAUGGUGAACCAAUGGAUGAAGGUGACCAAUUGCAGAGCUAAUCAACAUCUGAACUCAUUUCAUCUCACUGGUUUCGUUAAUCACAUGGUUGCUGGCCUGGAUUAAACCAAUCUUCGCCAAUGGAUUAUUGUCAGUCUGGCUGUAUACUUUAGUUCGUAACAAGAGAGACUAUCUUAUUGAAACUAUGUUUUAAGUUAAGUUGGCUCUGAAGUGACUGCUUUGAGUUUGGGUUUGUAUUGAUAGUUUUAGGAGUAUAAAUGUGUCACUGUAAAAUACUGCCCUUGCAACUGUAGCGUGUUUGACUAAAAGUUGAUACUUGUUCUUAAAAUGUUAGAUAAGAUUGUAUAGUAGUGUAAUACGUUUUUUUAAAUUGCCAAAUUAUCUGUUUACUAUUUUUAACAAGGUACCGGCACCACUGUUUUAGUUACUUCACAACUGGGUAGCAUACACAAUUUAUAAAGUGUGAAACAUUGAUGUUUUUAUCUUUAAGAGUGUAACUUUGGUACCAGACGUUGGUAUCAGACUUGUUUUUCUGACCAAAGGACGACUUUAAGUCCUGGCACUAUUAGGUUUACUUAAUUUUUUUACUAGUAUCUCGUAGAUGUUUUACUUUUGUUUUUGAUUCAAUGUACUAAUACAGUAACACAAUUGUUCAAAUAAUUUUAAUAGGCUAACAAACAUCCAUAAACUAUUGUUUAUCAGUCAUGCUAAGGAACCUUAAGUCUGUAUUCUUAUGUAAAUCAGAUAUUUAUUUGAUGAAAAUUUUUCUUUUUCGUGGUAAAAAGCUAUAGGAAGUGGUAUUUUUAGACUUAAAAAGAAAUGUUUAAUUGUGGCCUAUAAUUGUAUUUUGUUUUAAAGUUAGAGUGAAGUUUUAGUGAUUCACAAGAUUUUGAUUUUAUCUGUGUAGUGUACGUGUAAAAACAAUAAAAU